AUGUCAGUUUGUUAUCGUAUUUGUAAUCGGUCGCACGUUGAUACCAUGACUAAGGUGAACAUACCAACUUUUAAGUUGAACAAUGGAAGGGACAUCCCCGCUCUCGGGUACGGAACAUGGCUGGGGCUCGAUGAUAAGCUCCAAUUCCUCAGCCAAGACGUCCCCAAGAUGGUAGAAGCGAUGUCCCACGCCAUAGACGUGGGCUACCGACACAUCGACACUGCGCACUUAUACAGGGUGGAGCCAGAAGUGGGGCAGGUGCUCAACAAGAAGAUAGAAGAGGGAGUGGCCAGAAGGGAGGACUUCUUUGUUACUACUAAGGUGUGGCAGCACAACCACAGCCCAGCAGGCGUGGAGGCGUCAGUGCGCGCGUCGCUGCGGAGAAUGAAGCUUGAGUAUCUGGACCUUGUGCUCAUGCACUGGCCCAUGGCUAUAUCGGAGGACGGAGUGGAUGAAAAGAUCGACUACGUGGACACGUGGCGCGGGUUCGAGUCCGUGCUGGACCAGGGGCUGGCGAGGGCGAUAGGCGUCUCCAACUUCAACGUGCAACAGCUGACGCGGCUCGUAGAGGGCGCUAGGGUGCGGCCCGCUGUGAAUCAAGUCGAGCUAAACCUGAACCUCGGGCAAGCUGACCUGGUCUCCUACUGCCAAGGCCAGGGUAUAGUGGUGGUGGCCUACUCCCCAUUCGGUACCAUGGUGCCGUCACGAGCCUAUGAAGGCAGUCCUGAGCCAAAGCUGGAUAACCCUACGAUGGUGGCGAUAGGGAAGAAGUAUGGGAAGACUGUGACGCAAGUUGCGCUGAGAUAUUUGUUCCAACGCGGCAUAGUGUCCAUACCAAAGACAAACACCAAAUCUCGAGUCGUCGAAAACGCUUCCAUCUUCGACUUCGAGUUAUCGCCACUAGAUGUCGCUGAGCUGGCUAAAUUUGACAACGGCUUUAGAACAGUACGGCCUGUGUUUUGGCAAAACUAUGAGAAUUAUCCCUUUGAGAAAAUACAUCUGGAUCCCGUGCCCGCCAUACCUGAGUCUUUAAAGAAAUGGAAAAAUGGGAUAAAUGGUGAUAUUGAGUAAGGAGUGGUUUUUGGAGUAAUAAAGUGGUUAUUUUUGUUAUA